AUGGCUUCGACCUCCAGCUUCGUCCAGCUCGCAAAGAGCCUCCCCGAGCCGCUGCAGCGCUUCUUCGCGCGCUGGCCCCCGGCCUCGCUCGUCGCCCCCGGCACCCCCCCGACGGCCUUCCAGGAGCAGCGGCCGAACCCGUUCCGGUUCUACAAGCACCCCGUGACGGGGCGGUGGCAGGAUCCCGUCUACUCGCAGCGGCGACAGGCGCAGCUGGUGAAGCUGGCGCGGGAGCACGGCGUCGAGGAGCUGCUGCCCGAGACGACAAAGGGCACCGAGUACAAGCUGGCGCACCGCGUCGAGCACGGUCUGAGGGUCAAGGGUACGGGUGUGGGACAGAAGGUCAAGGGUCACAUUCACGAGCGACACAUGAUUGCAAAGAUGGAACAGAGGAGAAAAGCCAUGCUGGAUAUGCCCAAGCUUAUUCGGGCCUGGAAGAGUAUCGGGAAGAGGAACUGGACAAAGUUCCCGAAAUAA